AAGAAACCAACACAAAUUUGUCGUCGAUGAAUCCGCGAUCAUUUAUGUGUACCGAUUGCAAUAUUGGAUUUCGAAAACAUGGUAUUCUUGCAAAACAUUUGCGCUCCAAAACUCAUGUUAUGAAGUUGGAAAGUUUACGUAUUAUCCCAGAAGAUUCUCUAUCGCUAAUAACACGUAGAGAAGGAGGCAUAUAUUUGAACGAAAUUGAUACGACGGAUUGUGAGCGUGCACGACAAAGCAUCCUCGGGAUCAUUUCCACAUUACGUGAUUCAAAUGUGUUAGAAUGUCGUGAGCAAAUGUCGCAUUUACCUGUGCCGCUACUACAUAUUAGCAAUAAUAAUAGUCAUAAUAGCAUCAAUGUCAACUAUUCGUCGCAACAGUUAAAGAUACAACAUUCUCCGGUACCAUCCACUAGCCAAUCCUUUGUUGAACAUAAACGAUUACUGGCUGGUCAGCAGCACAUGUCAAAGCGUUCCGACGUCCUAGCAGCAAAAAUGCAAAUUGAAAUGACACCCAGAAAAUGCGAUUUGACAAUGUCGCAACGAAAAACAGACGAGCUGAAUGGGAAGUCAAUCUCUGCAAACAUUUGGAUGCCACCAAAACUUGAUGUCUCUGAUCGUCGCUCUGUUGAUUUAAUUGGUCGUUCUACAGUUGAUUCCGCUGCUCUUUCGGAUAACGGUUCGUCUGUACGAUCUGAUGAAGCAAACAGUGAAGGAGCUGGACGUAGUGAAAGCUCGACACCAACACAACGUGUUUUGGCUGGUACUGCGCCAUCACCCCUUUUGCCAACUUCUACCAGAUGCAACCUUUGUGAGGUCAACUACGAAUCCAGCUUUGAUUUGCAGGUACAUCUUCACGCUGAUCAUAUAAUGCUGCGGGAUGGAAAAGAUUUUUGUUGUCCAAAGAAACAGUGUGACAAGGUUUAUCCAAGUCGUGAAAAUCUUAGGCAGCAUAUAGCUGCACACUAUCAUGGCGGUGCUACUGCACCUUUGCCAGAUAGUCGUGAUGAGAUCGAGAGUGCAAUCAUGGUGUUGUCAGAUGCAAAUGAUGCAUCGGUAGUUUUGCACCGUAAAUUAACAAAUUCAACACCUGGACAGCACGCUAAUUCAGUGCCGAAUCAUAGUCCGAAUGCACCGGAAGAAUCCCAUACCGCCUGCCCAAAAACAUCGACAUCCAGUUCUUCUACGUUAAUAUUAUCGAUGGAUUCUGGUGAUACAAGCAUUGGAACCGUCGUAACAAGCAAUGGAUUGGUAAAACAACGUCAGCAAGCAAAGUUGAAUGAAGUUGAAAAAGCUAACGGAUGCAGUACUGUUGAUGCAAUUACUCAAGAUCGAAAGAGGUCAGCGUCGACGCAAUCAACCGUGGCUUCUGGAUCAUUUGUAAAUGUUGGAACAGUAUCGGCAGCUUUACCUUGUGCCAUAUGUGGACAAUCAUUCCCGGAUGCAUUUGCUCUGCAGCAACAUUGGCUCUCACACGUAUGCGACCGACCACAUAUUUGCAAACAAUGUGAUGCCGGUUUUACAACUGCUGACGCUCUGAACACUCAUACGUUAACGCAUCAAAACAAUAGAGAACGGUAA